AUGCCACCUACCGACUCGGACUCACAACACCUGAAUGUUGACCAACGGAAAGGACCCCCGACAACUGUACUUUCCUCUGCGCACAGCUCAGACCAUAUAAGUCCGUGGAAGCACAUUUGCUGCCACUCGCUUGCGAAAAAGUUCGAUGCAGAAUGCCCAUACUACUCUAUUGGCAUGUGGGCCGAAGACUACCAAGAUGUGGUAUAUUCCCCUAACCCGUCUAUCAAAAUACCUACGGGGAUCACCAUCAUCCACACACCGGGUCAUACGCCCGACUCCCUUACAUGGUACGAUCGGGACUCUCGUCUCAUUUGUGUGGGAGACAGCUUCUAUGAGGCUUCAUCUAAAGACACGCAAGAGUGUGAAGUGGAAAGAGUUAUCAGGGCUCCUAUCAUUUUCGAGGAAAGAAGCCAUUUAGUGACUUGGUGGAGGAGUUUGGACAAGGUGUUGGAGCUUGUAAAGGGGGAAAACGCUCGGUUCGCAAGUCAGCACACCGGGCUUGGGGCUCCGCCACGUUUGGCAAUAUCUGCAUCUCAUGUCACGACUACUUUUCCCGAUGCUGAGCCAUUCAUACUUUCGAUUAGAAGAUUUAUGGCUCGCAUACUUCGGCGUGAAGUCCCAACGACUCCACUUGACAGUGGCAUACUUCCUUUCAAGGAUGUCAUGGCUUAUGAAGAUGGUCCGGAGGUUGCACCUUCAAAGGAUUUUGAAUGGAUUGUCUGGGCACCGAAGCGAAUCAUUGAAGAAGGUAUCAACGGCCUUGCGGGAGAGUAUUGA